AUGGCGACGCAACUGCUUCGACAAAUGACGACGUCUGUAUCGACCAUGCGUGUGGGUACAUCGGCAGGCAUGCUACGUGGUCUGAGGACGACGUCGUUGGCACGUCAGGCUUCGCCGACAGCAACGCCACCGAAUGCGCCGUACCAGAUUUUUGACAGAGAGACGAAGCGUAUGCAACGUUCACGCGCGGCCUUGCGUCGCCCUGUCGAUGAAAGCGGUACUUCCUAUCUAGAUGAGAGUCACCGUGGAGAGAUCUCGCGUCUUACAGACUAUGUGUGGGAGGCCGGAGCUAUGAGCUUGGCAGAACGACUCAUGGACAUUAAACGCAACUUUCCAGUCGUCGUAGAGCUAGGGGCUGGUGCUGGGCACUUGCGUCAUCACCUGGAUGUGCAGGGCACAGGCAUUGAGAAGCUGAUUAUGUGUGAUAUGAGCAUUGAGAUUGAGCGCCGCGUCGUGGAUGAAGAGCUAUUGCCAUUUGAAGAGAAUUCACUGGACUGCAUUAUCGCAACAGGCAGCCUGCACUGGACAAACGAUCUGCCUGGUGCGUUGAUACAGAUUCAGCGCGCGCUGAAGCCCGAUGGCGUAUUUAUUGGGUACAUGCUAGGUGGAGAUACCCUGUUCGAGCUGCGUACAAGUCUGAUGCUGGCCGAGCAGGAGCGACAAGGUGGUCUGUCUGUGCGUGUGUCGCCCAUGACCGAUACACGCGACGUGUCGUCGCUGCUUACACGUGCGCAGUUCUCACUACAGACGGUGGAUAUUGAUGAGCUUACGAUCAACUACCCCAGUAUGUUUGAGCUGGUGCAGGACUUGCGCGAUAUGGGUGAGAACAAUGCGGUGAUCAACCGCCAGACCUUCCUCCACCGCGAUACGCUCCUUGCCGCCGCCGCAACGUACCAGGCGAUGCAUGGCAGUCCAGAGGGCUAUGUGCCUGCGACGUUUUCACAGAUAUUCAUGAUCGGCUGGAAACCAUCGCCGGACCAGAAGAAGCCGCUGGAUCGCGGUAGUGCCUCGCAUUCACUUAAGGAUGUUUUAUAG